UCCCUUCCCAGUUUUGCCCGUGAGCUCGUGACGAGUGGACGUGGGGCUUGCGCACGGUGUUACCGAUAACACGUAUCGGGCGUGUUUUUGCCGGGCACCUUAAUGAAAAAUUGAUGAAAAAGCGGUCCUAACGAUCCAUCCUCGGUCCUGGGGUGUAUGUAGACUGUGCUCUAAUUAAACAUUGUGAGAAGGAUAUUAGUAAUGUUACCGGCUACGAUAUGACUGAUUAAAAGCCGAGCGUGUGUAAUAGCACUAUGACUGUGGAUACCUAGUGUUGGACAGUGUUGUGUUUAUCGAUUAUCGACAUAAUGGCUUGGUUGGUGUUGAUGUUGCUUCCGCUUGUCGCGGCAGCUCUGCCGGCGACUGACACGGAUGCAUGCAACCCUGACAAAAUGACCGUUUAUCGGAUGGUUUUACAUACUUACUGGACGAGAGAAAAAUUUCCGAAACAUUAUCCCGACUGGAGGCCGCCAGCUCAGUGGUCGAGAAUUUAUGGAGUGUCCCACAGUCGGUCGUAUGUUUUGUUUCGCUUGGGUCGGCGAGUUUCGGCCCCCGUUCGACAAUUCGCCGAAUCAGGACGAUCUGAUAGCCUCGGUUCGAGUCCAGGAACCCUUGACGUAUUCGGCGCGCCCGCGAUCAGUCAAGGCGCUGGGAGAACUGAAGCGGAAUUCUUUGUAGACGGGAAUCAUUCUCGGGUAUCAGUAAUGGCCCGAAUGGUUCCGUCUCCGGAUUGGUUCAUUGGAGUAGACAGCUUUGAUCUCUGCGUCGACGGGAACUGGAUAGACAGCAUCACUAUAGAGGUGGAUCCAUUAGAUGCUGGCACCGAUAAUGGUUUUACAUUCACGGCACCCAACUGGCCGACUGCACCACAGGGGGUAGCGUAUCGCAUCACGUCCAAAUACCCCUCACAUCCCGCUGGUUCAUUCUUCUACCCACAUCUCAGAAGGCUGCCUCCGAUCGCCACUUUUCAAUUCAUAAAGCUCCGCGAAUACGAACUCUCGGAAGUAUUUCACCGAGACAGCGACGAUCGACGAUACGAUGUGCUCCAGCUCGACAAACUCAGCCACAAUAGCAUUGACGUGCUCGACGGGAACAGGGCUCUCUCCAUCGCCGAGGAAGUAGAACGAGCUGAGGCACCCAGGAUUUACUCAGAAGGAUCUCUCACUACACCAGAUAAUGCUUAUUCUUACUAUUCAAUUACAAACAACACAGCGAGUACAACCGAAGAGCCUCGAUCAGCGAACGAAUUGCCGACGUCAGGACCGACAGCCAGCGAGCGGUCAGCUCUAAGGAGUCUCGCGCGACGUUACCGCGCGAGGAGACGCCGCAAGCUGCGCGCAGACAAUACGGAUCCAGCCGAGCGUAGAAAGCGGAAAAGAGCGAAGCUUCUAGACUGCCGCGUAUCGGACUGGGGUGAAUGGAGUCCCUGCAGAAAUGACGGUGGUUGUGUUGGAUCGGCAUUACGAACACGGAGGAUCUUACGUCGCCAACGACCUGGUGGCAAACCCUGCCCCCCUACAGCACAAUCUCGAUGGUGUGCAACAAACUGCACGACGCCAGUACCCCAGGACGAUUGGCGAAAUAACCUAACGUAAUGCAUAUUUGAAUCCAAAUUAUUCCAUUUUUGAAAUUAUCUUUGUCUCAUUUUAACGACCAGUAUUUUGAACACUAUUUACGUCUUUAAUUUCCUUUCGUUGGCAUCUGUCCGUCCGUCCAAUAAAAUUGAUUUUGAUUCCAAUCGUAUCUGACAUUGAUAUCUUUUUAAUGUAAAUUCGUGGUGUGUAAAAAUAUUGGAUAAAAUUUCUGUAUAAAAUAAUUUAUUAAGAGACGACUGUCGAUGUUCGGUGAUGGUAGGCUUUGAUUGUUUGCCGCUGUACCUAAUAACUGCUUUUUCUGUUUUAUUUCUCUAUUGGUUUGUCCAUUAUCAUUAGGGAUAAAUUUAAGUAUUGAGAUGGGAUGUAGAAGUGUUCUGAUUUCAAUAUAAGUUACCCGAUAUCUUUCAGAUUUGUUUCUUAUUUAUAUUAUUUAAGGAAAUGAAAUGUUCAUUUAAUUGGGACUCUUAAACAUAUUUCUGAAAUAAUAUCAACCAUGCACUAAGCUAAAUAAUACUGACUAAUACUGACCGCACUCGGCAAUCGCUAGCGAUUGUCUUGGAAAUACAUUCAAAUUUUAAAUAAUUUUGUUAGAUGAUUAUUUCUUUUUUACUAGGUACUAGGUAUAUGAUAGCUACGUAGAUAUACGAAGACUUUAAAGCCACCUCAUCUGCCUUCUCCAUGUAAAUUGUCGCGUUCCCUCGGCGACUUAGAAAUGUUGUAACAGUAUCAAUAGUCCGCGUGUGGUUAGUCAAUUAGUAGUGUACUCGUCUCAUCACUAAAAUAUACAUAUCGCUUAAGUAUUCAAGUUUGUGACAGUAAUUCAAUAAAUAAUAGAAUUGUUUUAGGAAAUAAAAACUCCAAAGAUGCAGCUUUUAUUUUUAAUACUUGUAAGUGUAAAAAAAUUUAAUGAAUAAGUCUGUACUUAGAAUAUAAGA